AUGAAAUGUUUCUUUGUUUAUAUAACAUUUUUCCUCCUCUUGCAGAUCCGUGCUGGAUCAAGAGUCUUGUACAGACCAAUUUCAGCAUCUGUGUUGUCUAGGCCAGAGGUCAAGAAUGGAGAGGGCAACUCAACAGUUAAUGGGGCCCAAAAUGCUGUCUCCCGACUAGCACUUAGAGAAUUCCAGACUAGUGCUGUCAACAGGGACAUUGACACUGCUGCCAAAUUUAUUGGUGCUGGUGCUGCCACAGUAGGUGUGGCUGGUUCUGGUGCUGGUAUUGGAACAGUCUUCGGUAGUCUAAUCAUUGGUUAUGCCAGAAAUCCUUCUCUGAAGCAGCAGCUGUUCUCAUAUGCUAUCCUGGGAUUCGCCCUGUCGGAAGCUAUGGGUCUUUUCUGUCUGAUGGUUGCUUUCUUGAUCCUAUUUGCCAUGUGAAAGGAGAUCUGGCUGUAAUACUGGCAUUGGAAUGUAACUGCAUUUUAUGGGGCUCCCAAAAUGUUGGUGUCAUGGAAAUCAAUGCUGUUUCCAAAAUCAUUUCAUUAAAGAUAACAACUUUAACUGUCAA